AUGCAUGACAGUGCCAGGAGCACUGGGCAUGGAGAGGGCAGCUCCGCACGAUCAACUAAGUUACAGAAGAACCCGAAGCAGGGCUAUCGUAAACUUGGCGUGGCUAGUGGGUCAGGGUCAAAGUCGGCCGGGACAGGGUCAGGGGGUAAAACCUUGUCUAUGGAGAACAUCCAGUCCCUGAACGCAGCCUAUGCCACCUCCAGCCCCAUGUACCUAAGUGACCGCGAUGCCUUGGCCUCCUCCGGUGGCUACCCUAAAGGAACCAUGACUCUGGGCCGAGCCACCAGCAGAACCUCCUACACGGGCCGGACCACAGCCAUGGGCAGCACCCCCAACAUCACCACCACAUCAGACAGCCAGGGCUAUGGGGACCAGAGCCACACCCAGCACCUACAGGCAGGGGGGCCCUCAGGGCUGCUGAGGCAGGCUGGACAGGGUGGAGAAGGAGGGGGAGAGGACAUCCAGGUUCAGCUCAGGGAGCUGCAGAGAGAGAAUGAACUGCUGAGAAGAGAGAUGGAUGGAGGGAGGGAUGGGAGAGAAGGGAGGAUGAGCUCUUCUGUCAACAGUAGAAUGAACUUCUGGAGCCCGGAGGUGAAAAGUCGAGACAGAGGGACGAGGAAAGAGGAGGGAGUCCUUACAUCCAUCCUGAAGGAACAGAAGUGGGCCUCUCCAGAGGAGGACCAGCAUCUCCAGUUGUCAGUGCAUGGGCUACAGGAAGAGCUGAGAAGUCAUAGAGAGAUGAACAGUCGUCUGCAACAAGAGAACUCGGGAUCUCACACCUCCUCUCCCCCUCCCCUGGAUCUGACGGAGGAGAACUUCAGCCGGCUGCAGUCAGAUCACGAACGGCAGGGCAAGGAGCUGUACCUGCUGAGGAAGACCCUGGAAGAGAUGGAGCUGAGGAUUGACUCCCAGAAACAGACGCUGGGUGCCAGGGACCAGUCCAUCCAGAGGCUGCUGGAGAUGAUCCAGGGAGGAGGGAAGGGUCAGAGAGGCGAGAGGUCAGAGAUAAUCACCAUGGCAACAGCACGAGAGGAGGCGGAGUACCAGGUGGGUCAUCUGGAGGAGCAGCUGGACCAGAGGGAGAAAGAGAACCUGCAUUUGAGAGAGGAGCUGCACAGGAGGAGCCAGCAGGACCCCACCAAGACUAAGGCCCUGCAGACUGUCAUUGAUAUGAAGGACACUAAGAUAUCGUCUCUGGAGAGGAACAUCCGAGACCUGGAGGAUGAGGUCCAGUUGAUGAAGACCAGCGGGCUGCUCCACCCUGGCGACCGCCUGGAUGAACUCAAACACAUGGAGGUCUACAAAAGCCACUCCAAGUUCAUGAAGAAACAGGUAGACCAGCAGAAGCAGGAGCUGAAUAAGAAGGAAUCAGAGAUGCAGGCCCUACAGACCAAACUGGAUGCUCUGACCAACCAGAACUCAGACUGCAAACAGCACAUAGAGGUGCUCAAAGAAUCACUCAGCGCCAAGGAGCAACGCUCUACCACACUGCAGACCGAGGUGGAUGCGUUGCGUGUACGUCUGGAAGAGAAGGAGUCCUUCCUCAGUAUGAAGACCCAGCAGCUCCAGGACCUGACGGAGGAGAAGGAUACGCUGGCCGGAGAGAUCCGGGACAUGAAGGAUAUGCUGGAUGUUAAGGAGAGGAAGGUCAACAUCCUGCAGAAGAAGAUAGAGAAUCUUUUGGAGCAGUUAAAGGACAAGGACAAGCAGCUGGCGGUUCUGAGAGACAGAGUCAAGGGUCUCCAGACUGACUCCAGCAACACAGACACAGCACUGACCACGCUGGAGGAGGCCCUGUCUGAAAAGGAGCGAGUGAUUGAGCGUUUGCGUGAGCAGAAGGAGCGGGAGGACAGGGCACGGCUGGAGGAGGUGGAAAGGAUGAGGAAGGAGAACCAGGAACUGAAGGAUAGACUCUCCAUCCUGACGACACACACACCUGGGUCCCAGAAUACGGAGGAGUCAACCAGGAAGUUGUUAGAGGUCAGCGACAGGAUCAAGCUGCUGGAGGAAGAAGUGACGCGUUACCGAGAAGAGUCUGGGAAGUCCCAGGCCGAGGUGGAGAGGCUCAUGGGUAUCCUGAGAGAGCAAGAGACGGAAAGAACCAACAAGGAGAAGAAGAUCACUGAGCUGGAGAGCUCUGAAGUCAGGACGUGGGUCAGAGGUCACUGUGGGGUUAGUCUGCUGGACGGGACGGGAUUCUCCCUUCAGCUCAUACAGUACACAGGCUCUGGACUAUGUGAGAGUAGGGGGACCAUGCGUGAGACAGCUGAGCGAAUCAGAGAGCUGGAACGAGCGCUGAGCGAGAGCACAAACACCUCCGCCCACAGGGAGGCACUGUGGGUCCAGGAGGAGGCUGCACGCACGCAAGCACAGAGACAGCUGGAGGAGAUGAUGAACGCCCUGGAGAAGACCAGGCAGGAGCUGGACACCACCAAGCAGCGCCUCUCCACUACCCAGCACUCCCUGCACGAGCGGGACGGUCACCUGACCAACCUGAGGCUGGAGAGACGCAAACAGCUGGAGGAGAUAUUGGAGAUGAAGCAGCAGGCCCUUCUAGCUGCGAUCAGUGAGAAGGAUGCUAACAUAGCCCUACUGGAACUGUCCUCCUCUAAACGUAAGAAAUCACAGGAUGAGGUGAUGUCACUGAAGAGAGAGAAGGACAGGCUCAUGCACCAGCUCAAACAACAGACCCAGAGUAGGAUGAAGCUCAUAGCAGACAACUAUGAUGAAGAACAUCUACACCCUCAUCAUCCUCACCAUCCUCACCACCCCCACCCGGGGGUACACCCGGCACACCCUGCUCACCCACACCACCGGACCCCUGCAAGAGGACCACCCCACGCCAACCACAGAGUCCCAAUGGACCAGAGGCAGCUACUUGUGGUCUGA